UACGGUGUGACGUCUCCCUCCUCCGCAGUGACGGGAGGAGGAGGAGGAGGAGGAGGAGGAGGAGGAGGAGGAAGACAACUAGAGCGAGGACGCACUCGACCCUACACUCGGCACCAUCAUGGCACCUAUCGGAUUAAAGGCGGUGGUCGGAGAGAAAAUUAUGAAUGAUGUCAUCAAGAAGGUGAAGAAGAAGGGCGAAUGGAAGGCCCUGAUUGUGGACCAGCUCAGCAUGAGGAUGUUGUCCUCUUGCUGCAAGAUGACAGACAUCAUGACAGAGGGCAUCACCAUUGUGGAAGACAUCAACAAGCGACGAGAGCCUCUUCCCAGCCUAGAGGCCAUUUUUCUGAUUACACCGACAGAGAAGUCGGUCCAUACCCUCAUCGCAGACUUCAAGGACCCUCAUUCAGCGAAAUACAAAGGAGCCCAUGUUUUCUUCACUGACUCGUGUCCCGAUCCUCUGUUCAAUGAGCUGGUGAAAAGCCGCGCUUCCAAAACAAUCAAGACGCUGACAGAGAUCAACAUCGCCUUCUUGCCCUACGAGUCUCAGGUGUACUCUCUGGACAAUGCUGAUGCCUUCCACAGUUUCUACAGCCCUCAUAAGACCCAGCUGAAGAAUCCUGUGAUGGAGAGGCUGGCUGAGCAACUGGCCACGCUGUGUGCCACACUGAAGGAAUACCCCGCAGUCAGAUAUAGAGGGGACUACAAAGACAAUGCAACCCUGGCUCAGCUGGUUCAGGAUAAACUGGACGCCUACAAGGCUGAUGACCCCACCAUGGGAGAGGGUCCAGAUAAGGCUCGUUCACAGUUGAUUAUCCUGGACAGGGCCUUUGACCCCGUCUCACCUGUCCUGCAUGAGCUCACCUUCCAGGCUAUGGGCUACGACUUGUUGCCCAUUGAAAACGACGUUUACAAGUACGACACCAGUGGCAUCGGAGAUUCCCGUGAGAAGGAGGUUCUGCUGCAUGAAGACGAUGACCUGUGGGUGAGCCUGAGACACAAACACAUUGCAGAAGUGUCCCAGGAAGUGACACGCCAGCUGAAGGAGUUUUCCUCCAGCAAGAGAAUGAACACUGGAGAGAAGACGACAAUGAGGGAUCUGUCUCAGAUGUUGAAGAAGAUGCCUCAGUACCAGAAGGAGCUCAGCAAGUACUCCACUCACCUGCAGCUUGCUGAAGAUUGCAUGAAGCAUUACCAGGGAACGGUGGACAAACUGUGUCGUGUGGAACAGGACCUUGCGAUGGGCACAGAUGCUGAGGGGGAGAAGAUCAAAGAUCCCAUGAGGGCUAUCGUGCCCAUUCUGCUGGAUGCUAACGUCAGCACAUACGACAAAAUCCGUAUCAUCCUGCUGUACAUCUUCCUCAAAAAUGGCAUAACGGAGGAGAACCUAAACAAGCUGAUCCAACAUGCUCAGAUCCCCCCUGAAGACAGUGAGAUCAUCACCAACAUGGCUCAUCUGGGAGUCCCCAUUGUCACAGACUCAACCCUCCGCCGGGGCAAGAAAUUGGACCGGAAAGAGCGAGUGAGCGAGCAGACCUAUCAACUGUCCCGCUGGACACCGCUGGUCAAGGACAUCAUGGAGGAUGCCAUUGAUGAUAAGCUCGAUACUAAGCACUACCCCUACAUCUCCACCCGCUCCUCUGCCUCGUUCAGCACCACCGCCGUCAGUGCUCGGUACGGACAUUGGCACAAGAACAAGACACCCGGAGAAUACCGCACCGGCCCACGCGUCAUGGUCUUCAUCAUUGGGGGAGUGUCCUUCAGCGAGAUGCGCUGCGCCUAUGAGGUCACACAGGCCAACGGGAAGUGGGAAGCCAUCAUUGGUUCCACCCACAUGCUCACCCCCACCAAAUUCUUAUCGGACCUGCAGCACCCCGACUUCCGAGAGUCCACUAGGGUGUCCUUUGAGGACGCGGACGCCUCAGACGAGUGAGGCGGAGACAGAUUGGGAGGGAGGGAGAGAGAAAUCACACAGACAAAGAUCAACCAACAUCUUCACCCCCACCAGCCUGCUGGAGCAGCUCAAGGCCAUGAGCAAACCAGAGGAGGAGGUGACGAGCUAAAAAUCCCCCGAUCAUCGAAUCUCUCUCUCUCCUCUUUACGUCAACCAUUCCUUUAUGGUGUGUGCAUCUUGCUUGAGAAUAAUAAUCAUUCCAAAAAAAAGACAUCUAAGAUGACCCCAAAAAAAACAAAAAACAAGAAUAAUAAAAACAAGUAUUCUCACGUUUUGAAAUAACUUGAUUUAAAUAUCCAAACAGAUGGCCAUUUCCCAAAAUGGAAAAGUGUACUGUAUGCUAUAGAACCUGCUCGACGAUGUCAAGGGUAGAGCUCGCUCGUUGUUGCUCGCUCUGGCUCACCUGCUUAGUGUCGGUGUCGGUGUAGCGACGGUGGGUGGAGGGAGCAGGGGUGUGCCACUUGUAAAAUAUAGCAUAUCAAUCAACAUGCAAUAUAUAGAUAUAUUCAACCGGAGAGGAGACGGCCCAUUUGAGAUGUUUGUAUCAAGUAGCAUGCUUGGACUUGUCUGGACUGUUAACUGUGUUUGUAUCCCUUGUGGAUGUUUUUGGGAGCUAGCUUUUUUUUCUUUUUUUUUUUUUUUAGAAAUAAGAUUUGGAUACUUUUGGAUACUCUACUGAAAGACCUUCCCGCUUUCAAAACCACUACUGAAGCAUCCACUUCUCAGACUAUGCAAAUUCACCACGCGGACGCAUCUGCGGUCGCGUUGCGUUCGGUUAUUGUUUCCGAGCUGCAGCCUCCGUCUUUGGGUGAGAAUUUGAGCUACGGAGUACUAAACGAGCGCAGGCUCACAAACUCAAACACACACGCUGUGUUUUGACCGAGGCACGUGCGCAGACAUUUUGGAGGGCUGGUGCUCAAGCAAAAGUCAAAACUAUUCAUACAAUCAAGAAAACAAUUGUAAUAAAGGAAAUGAAAUGAAUGCAUGUAAAAUCAUGACAUAAAAAAUGGCAGUAGAAAAACACUGAAAGUUAAAUUUAAAGGAAUAUUUUGUAAAUGAUUUAACCAUUCACAAAUGGAAAUUCAUGUUUCUCUGCAAAAUGUACAGCUUACUCUCGUACAAACGGCGGCACGGCGAGCAACGAGUUAGCACAUCGGCCUCACAUUUCUGGCCUCGCCUUGGUGGAGUUUGAAUGUUCUCCCUGUGGUGGAUUUUCUCUGGGUACCUCCCGCAUGCCAAAAACAGGCAUGGUUAAUAUAUAAUGGUGAAUUGAAGACUAAAGACUAAAUGGUUUUUCUUUUAUAUGUGCCCUGUGAUAUGUGCCCUGUGAUUGGGCACAGUCAAUAAUAAUUUCCAGUCAAUAAUACAACUAUUAACAAAGGAGGUGAAGGGAGGCUUGACUGGAUAUAAACAAAUCAAAUGGCCACCCCUGUUCAAAUGGCAGGUUGGCAGGUUUUGGGAAGGUGCAAUUCUCCCAAGGAGCCAAAGAAAGGCCCAUCAAAACACUGAACAUGUAAAACCGAUGAAUAAAGGAAAUCAAAAAUGGGCCGCACUUUUUUUCAUCCAGGGCAAAAGGCCAGAUGCUCGAGCACCACCUCGGCGCUGUGUGUGCAUGUGCCUGGAGUCCGAGGUGAAAUAUCGAAUAGCGGUUUUGAGUGGUGUCUGCGGAUGUUUUGACAGAGCCAAGACACUUGAUGAUUUUGAAGAGAAUCCUCCCCCCCUCCGACUGUGAAGACCACGAAGUACGAAGUAUUCAAUUGUUGAAACUGUCGAUGUUGAAACAGCCGUUGCUUGCUCAUGAAUAUUCCCAAAGAAAGCCUCUUGGAUUUCAGUAUUGUAUCCUGUUAGUCUCAUUGCUUAGCAAUGAUGUUUCAUUGCACCAUGCACCGAGUAGUUGUUGUGUCUUUGCUGUUUAGUGUCUCACUGUUGACUGGUGAUGUUUCCGACUGUGAAGUAAUGCUACCUUUCCUUUAUUGAUACCCAUAGGACGCCGCUGUAUUUGCGAUGUUUUAGCUGUCGAUGUUAGCUGGAAACAACCAAACAAACAAAAAAAAGAAAUCUAUAUUUUCUUUGCCUGAUUCUCUGCUGGUGCAACGUAAAUCCUCUUCAAUGGUGAAUGGCUUGGCAAAAGUAAAAUAAUGAAAAAAGAAGAAUUUUCUCCAUCUCUUUCCUCUUCUCCCACCCAAACAAGGUGAAUAUUGCACUAUAACAAGGUGUCUGUGUUGCAAACGCUUACUUGUCUUGAUUUUUCCUAUGAAUUUGCUGUUCUAUACGGUUAUCUGUCAUUAUCUGCUUGACUUAUUUCAGAACUAUUUAUCUGAGAAAAAUAUCAGCACAUUGGUCUGUCCUUAAAUUGUUUCAGUUAUUGGGAAAGUAUGUUUGCGAGUGUUGAAGCACAAACAAUACUUCCAUGUGUAACAUAUAUGUACUAAGGCUGUCGAAUAAAUUGGCUUCCAUUACA